GAUAGUAUCAAGCAGUCUGUGGCAGAUACAUUCAUCAGCAACGACAGAAUAAUCCUCGCAGGCGAUGCGUGCCACACGCACUCCUCCGGAGCCGCGCAAGGAAUGAACCGGCAUCCAUGAUGCGGUGAACCUCUCCUGGAAGCUGGCAGGGAUGGUCAAAGGCUGGUACAGCAGCGAUGUCCUCCAAACAUACGACACCGAGCGCCGCGCUGCCGCCCAGUACCUCAUCGAGCUCGACAAGGCGUUCUCCGCCACGAUAUCGGGUCAAAUACCAGAGACACACAAGGGACGAUACAUCGACGCAAACGAGCUUUUUACGAAACUCUUUGACGAGUCCAUCCAGUUCAGCAUCGGGCUUGGUGUACACUACGAAGAGAAUAUCAUCAACAAGGCUCCCACCACUGGUAUGGUCCCCACUGGCUGGAGAGCCCCGGAUGCACUCGUCUAUGCUCCAGGUUCCCGUCUUCCAACCCGGCUCUUCAACUUGAAGAAGAACCACGGGCAAUGGUCGAUUCUCAUCUUCGCCGGCCAGCCAGCCGAGACUCGAGAGAGAUAUCCGUGGCGGUUGAAGAACUACGCACCAUUGCCAGGACUCUCCCGAAGGGCAUGAUUCGGUUCUUGACUAUCGUGGGUCAAUAUGUCGUCGAGGGAGACAAGUACUUCAGUAUCGCAAGGCUGGGAUAUACCUGCUUUGAUUCAGAUCAGUCUGCUCAUGUUGCGUAUAGUGUUUCGCCUGCGAAUGGGGCGGUGGUUGUACUUAGACCGGAUGGUCUGCUGGCCUAUGCGACGACGUUGGACAACGUCGGUGGCGUUGCAGCUUUCUUGGGCAACCUGUCCCGCGAUGCACAGUACCGUUUCGGUUUAGGGUUGUUGAGAGAUUUCCGGGAUCUGGUUUGAAUAUGCGGACUGGACGUCUUGAAAAAGACCCCAAAGGAGGAGCUAUCAUUUACAAAUGCAAGUAGUGAUAUAGCUAGUACGUAGUUAUAGAUUUUUGAUAGUUACAAUAUCUUGUUCAAGUACUAUAGAAUUGUUUUCUAAACCUUGGCUAUAUGGAAUGCGA